GAGAGAGUGAGGCGGUGGGAGAGAGAGAAGUAGAGAGAGAGAGAGGCGCGAGAGAGAGAGAAGUAGAGAGAGAGAGAGAAGUAGAGAGAGAGUGAGGUGGCGCGAGAGAGAGAGAAGUAGAGAGAGAGUGAGGUGGUGGGAGAGAGAGAAGUAGAGAGAGAGAGAGAGCGAGAGAGAGACUGUUUCUCUGGUCUAGUUCAGGCAGUUCUUUUCUCUUCUCAAGGCUUCCUGGAUAUUACUGGAUGGUACUGUGUACUGCAACGCUAGCCUAGCUCUCUCAUCCUCCUCUCCUCUCAUCUUCCUCUCUGCCCUGUACGUGUGUUGGGAAGGUGCCUGUCUCAGGUGCAGACAUGGCCACCUCUGUGCUUUCCAGGAUUAUUCUAUGUCUAGCUAUAUCUCUGGUUCCGGUAUUGACAGUGACCAGCCAGGAUGUCAACCUAGGGCACGAAGACAGCUGUGCCGAAAACGGCAAAGUCUACAGCAACAACGAGAUUUGGAACCCGGAGCCAUGUAAGAUCUGUGUGUGUGACCUGGGGACAAUUACCUGUGAGGACAUCCGAUGUGAAGACCUAGCCUGUAAGGAAAGCAGCACCCCUGAGGGAGAAUGUUGCCCUGUGUGUUCUGAAGCCGCAGGUACCCAGGGCCAGCAGGCUACUACCUGGGAUAAUCUGCUACCAAAGAUCAAAACAGUAGAGGAGAAGAAGGAUGAGACCUGCAGGGACAACGGGCAGGUGUACGCCCACAACGACAUGUGGACCCCAGAGCCGUGCAGGGUGUGUGUGUGUGACAGUGGAACCACCAUCUGUGAGGAGGUGCAGUGUGAGAUGGUGGGGAACUGUGAGAAGGUGACCAUCCCUGAGGGAGAGUGCUGCCCCGUGUGUGACAGCUUCUCCAGCGCUAACAGGAGGAUAGAAAUGAUGGCGUUCAAGGGUCAGAAAGGCGAACCUGGUGAUAUCCCUUACGUCGUGGGGCCAGUAGGUCAACCCGGACCAAUGGGUCCUCCCGGAGCUCAGGGGAACAGAGGAUACACUGGUUUCAAGGGCAGAAAAGGUUUACAGGGCCCAGCUGGCAUCGACGGGGAACCAGGAGUCCCAGGGAACCCUGGUGAGCCAGGAUCCCCCGGCCAGCCCUCACACCCUGGGGGUCAGCUGGUCUCUCAAAUGGCAGCAGGCUUCGGUGAGAAAUCAGCUGGGAUGAUGGGAAUGAUAUCUGGCAACAGGGGUGAGGCAGGACCAAGAGGGCCUCCUGGACAGUCCGGUCAACCAGGCUCUACAGGGGGGCAGGGGGCCCCAGGAGACGUUGGAGACCCCGGAUCCAUGGGUGGCUAUGGUUACAGAGGACCUGAGGGCCCACCAGGAAAACCAGGACUAGAUGGAGAAUCUGGCCCAACCGGAAUAGAAGGAGAUAAAGGAGCCGCUGGAUCUGCCGGUGCCAGAGGUUUCCCAGGACUGCCAGGUCACCCUGGACUGAAAGGCCUUAAGGGUCAUGCAGGUCUUCUAGGAGCGAGAGGUCAAUCUGGUGCUGCUGGGUCAAAGGGCCCAUCAGGUACUCCAGGUGGAAUGGGGCCACCUGGUCCUGCGGGUCCAGCAGGAAUGCAAGGGGAGAGAGGAAGGAGUGGGCCAACUGGACCAGUGGGGAAACGUGGUGAAUCUGGACAUAUUGGGAAAGCAGGACCACAGGGUCCUAUGGGGAUCACUGGAGCUCUAGGAUUCCCAGGUAGUCCAGGUAUAAAGGGGCAACCAGGGCCCCCAGGAGCACGAGGGACAGGGGGCCAGCAAGGACUAAGAGGGGAGGCCGGACGCGUGGGAUUGGCUGGAGCUACGGGAAUUCAGGGUCCAACAGGAACAGAGGGUGCUGCUGGAACCAAAGGGCCAUCCGGAGCUCCAGGUGUCCAGGGUCCGACUGGACUGCUUGGCCCCGCGGGGCCCCCCGGACCACAGGGAACCACUGGACUGCCCGGGCCUAAGGGCCAACUGGGUGAUUUAGGCAUUCCCGGAUUCAAAGGAGAGGCUGGAUUCAAGGGAGAAUCUGGUGCACCUGGUGAACAUGGAGCGCUGGGUCCCAUGGGAGAGGAGGGGAGGAGGGGAGGACGGGGUGACGCUGGGACUUCAGGAGCCGCUGGACCCAAUGGAGAGAGAGGUGCUCCUGGCAGUAGAGGUUUUCCUGGUCAGGAUGGGUUACCUGGUCAAAAGGGUGCCCAAGGUGAGCGAGGACUGGGUGGGUCAUCUGGUGCCAAAGGUGCCGAUGGUGACCCAGGACGCACUGGAGAGCCAGGUCUUCCAGGGGCACGGGGUCUGUCGGGUCUUCUCGGCUCCCAGGGUCCUGAGGGACACCAAGGACCAAUGGGAGGAGGAGGAGAGGAUGGGGGACCAGGUCCAGCAGGGUCAGAUGGUACCAGAGGUCUAGCUGGAACCAUGGGUGUAGUUGGACCAAAAGGCUUUACUGGAGACCCUGGUAAGGCAGGAGAAGUGGGGACCCCAGGUGUUUCAGGACAGAGGGGGGUUAAUGGGAAAGCUGGAGAGAUGGGCGCUGGUGGCACUGCUGGUCCAGCAGGAGUUGCAGGGAAGAGAGGAGAGCAAGGACCUCCUGGUAUGAAUGGCUUCCAGGGUCUACCUGGGUCUGCUGGUCCACCUGGAGAGUCUGGGAAACCAGGUGCUGAGGGUAUCGCUGGAGAGGGAGGGCCUGCUGGUCUCACAGGGCCAAGGGGUGAGCGGGGCAUCCCAGGAGAGAGAGGUGAUGUGGGAACUAACGGACUACCGGGGCCCAAAGGUAUUCCAGGAGGGCCAGGACCAGAGGGACCAAAGGGGGGGUCUGGAACUAAAGGAACUGUUGGGGACAUAGGAGCUGCAGGCCUGCAGGGGAUGCCAGGGGAGAGGGGUAUCCCUGGUUCUCCUGGUCCUAAAGGAGACGUGGGUUCAGUUGGUGAGAAAGGAACCGAGGGUACUGCUGGAAACGACGGGCCCGGGGGACUUCCUGGUCCAGUUGGACCAACAGGAGGCAUUGGGCUCAAUGGUGAUAAGGGAGAGGCCGGCCCUAAAGGGCCCCCUGGACGUCGAGGAGCGAGAGCGGUGGCCGGAGCUUCUGGGGAGUCUGGUCCAACCGGUGCAGUAGGAUUCCCUGGGUCUCCUGGUCCCGAUGGGCAACCCGGGGUCAAAGGUGAACCAGGAGAGAGGGGUCAGAAGGGUGAGGCUGGAGCACAGGGACUCCAGGGAACAGCUGGUAAACUUGGUUCCCAGGGUCCUGAUGGUGUGACUGGACUAAAGGGGGCCAGAGGAACACAAGGGGCCGCGGGUGGGUCUGGUUUCCCAGGAUUCCCCGGAGGAGUUGGUCCAGCAGGCUCCAUUGGUGAGGUAGGGGUGCCUGGAGACAUUGGUACCCCAGGGAAGGCAGGUACUCCGGGACUUAGAGGCGAGAAUGGAGGCCCUGGGCGUGUAGGAGAGAGAGGGGCCCCGGGCCCAGCAGGUGCCCCAGGAGACAAGGGAGAGCCUGGAGAGGAUGGACCAGGGGGCCCUGAUGGGCCGGCGGGACCACCAGGUAUCUCAGGACAGCGAGGUGUUGUGGGCAUACCUGGAGUCAGAGGAGAGAGCGGGAUGGUUGGGCCCCUCGGUACUGCUGGUGCACCCGGAAAAUCAGGUGCCCCCGGAACUCGGGGAGGCAAGGGUGCUGUCGGUGCAGUCGGGUUACCAGGGACAACCGGACCAAGAGGGGACCUUGGUCUUACGGGGAAUGCUGGGUCUGAUGGGGUACCUGGCAAGGAUGGACUUAUAGGAGCCAGGGGAGAUAGAGGGAAUCCUGGUGCUGAGGGUCUUGCUGGAACUCCGGGGCUUCAUGGCUCUGUUGGUCCAGUCGGCACCUCUGGAGUCCCUGGGAAGAGAGGAGACAAUGGGCCCCCUGGUGUGGUUGGCCCCGCAGGAGGUGAUGGACAAAUCGGGCUGACCGGGCCCAUGGGAUCUCCUGGAUCAAGAGGAACCAGUGGAGACAUCGGACCUCAGGGGCCUCCUGGGGAUGCUGGUCCCCCUGGUCCCCCAGGGACGCCUGGCCCUCCCACUGCUGGGGCUGAUAUGUUCGGCUUCAGCAGCUCCUUUGACUACGACUACGGCGAGGACCAGGAUGGACCACCUCCACCCCCAGAGUUUAACGAGUCCAACUGGGACGACUCUGGCCCCCAUCCCCCUCCAGAGUUCAACGAUGAUGAGGCGCGUCCCAAUAAUGCCUCGACCAUCCUCGGGGCAGACCAGAGCGUCCAGAUCACGCUGAAGAGCCUCAGUGGAAACCUGCAGAACAUGAAGUGUCCCGAUGGCAGCCAGGCCAACCCCGCCAAAACCUGCCAGGACAUCAAGCAGUGCCACCCCCUUAAAAAGACCGGAGACUACUGGCUGGACCCCAACCAGGGCAGUACCAAGGAUGUUAUCAAGGUGUUCUGCAACAUGGAGACUGGUGAGACCUGCAUCUCAGCCCACCCCAUCUCAGCCAGCAUCCCUCGCAAAACAUGGUGGACCAAAUCCACUCCCACUGCCAGCAAACCUGUCUGGUUUGGAGCAAAUAUGAAUGGAGGAACUAAAUUUAGCUACGGCAACAAGGAGGAGCUGCCCAACGCCGUAACCAUUCAGAUUAGGCUGAUCCGCCUGCUUUCUAAGGAGGGUGUCCAGAAUGUCACCUACCACUGCAAGAACAGCGUGGCCGUGAAUGACGGAGCCACAGGCAACCUGAAGAAGGCUCUGAUCCUCAAGGGCUCCAACGGACAGGAGGUCAAGGUUCAGGGCAACUCCCGCCUCAGAUACACUGUCCUGGAGGAUGGCUGCUCCAAAUCGAAUGGAGACUGGGGCAAGACUGUGAUUGAGUACAGAACUCAGAUGCCAGCCAGACUACCUAUCGUAGACUUGGCCCCCAUGGACAUAGGCAAGGAGGAUCAGCAGUUUGGCCUGGACAUCGGCCCUCACCAGACGGGGGUUGACCACCAUCUUGUAGGAGCGGAAGGCAUCUUCAAGAACAAGCUCUCUGUAGACGUAGUCCAGCAGAUCCACCCCUGGUGCCCUUCUCCGUGCGGAGUGGUCUUGCGUAGCAGUACCGGCUGUGGCAGGGAAGAGGUGCGUCUCCAUCAGGAACACGGCUGCGUCGGGGUGCUGCCCCUGCAGGUCCUCCAUGAGGGGCAGAAGAGAGCUCUGGCCGUUGAGGUGGAUGUCCCCUUCCAGCUCCUGGGCCUUCCACCCAGUAGAGGGCUUGAGGAAGUGGUUGAUGGGCCAGCCAAUCACCUCCAGAGUGCCCUCCUCUGCGUAGUACUGGAGGACCUUCUCCAGGUCAGGUCCACAGCUGGUGAGGUAGAGGACAACCCUCCGCACCCCCAGGAGCUUGUAAAACUCCAUGGUCUGGACAAACUGUUGGACGUUGUUGUAGUCUCCAAACAUGCUGGACAUGCACACGGUGAGGUAAAAGGGGAAGUCCUCCUCCCGUCUCUCCCGGUUCUGGAUGCUCAGAAAUGUCUGGUUGAGGGAGUCCUGGAUGUCGAGGGAUGUGCCAAGAGUGACGUGUGUGGCGUUGCAUCCUGGUUCUUCGAGGCAAAGCAUGUCUGCGGCCACAUACGGAUGAAGGGUGGGUCUGGUUUCCCAGGAUUCCCCGGAGGAGUUGGUCCAGCAGGCUCCAUUGGUGAGGUAGGGGUGCCUGGAGACAUUGGUACCCCAGGGAAGGCAGGUACUCCGGGACUUAGAGGCAAGAAUGGAGGCCCUGGGCGUGUAGGAGAGAGAGGGGCCCCGGGCCCAGCAGGUGCCCCAGGAGACAAGGGAGAGCCUGGAGAGGAUGGACCAGGGGGCCCUGAUGGGCCGGCGGGACCACCAGGUAUCUCAGGACAGCGAGGUGUUGUGGGCAUACCUGGAGUCAGAGGAGAGAGCGGGAUGGUUGGGCCCCCCGGUACUGCUGGUGCACCCGGAAAAUCAGGUGCCCCCGGAACUCGGGGAGGCAAGGGUGCUGUCGGUGCAGUCGGGUUACCAGGGACAACCGGACCAAGAGGGGACCUUGGUCUUACGGGGAAUGCUGGGUCUGAUGGGGUACCUGGCAAGGAUGGACUUAUAGGAGCCAGGGGAGAUAGAGGGAAUCCUGGUGCUGAGGGUCUUGCUGGAACUCCGGGGCUUCAUGGCUCUGUUGGUCCAGUCGGCACCUCUGGAGUCCCUGGGAAGAGAGGAGACAAUGGUGCUAGAGGGCCUCCAGGACCCCAGGGACAAUCAGGGAUCCGGGGGAAGCUGGGGCCUCAGGGGCCACAGGGAGACAGGGGAGCCAAAGGAGACCAAGGAGAGAGAGGGCAGAAAGGCCACAGAGGCUUCACUGGAUUGCAAGGCUUACCUGGGACAACUGGACAAUCUGGGGAUGUUGGACCUCGAGGAAUUGUAGGACCUACUGGACACAGAGGGCCCCCUGGUGUGGUUGGCCCCGCAGGAGGUGAUGGACAAAUCGGGCUGACCGGGCCCAUGGGAUCUCCUGGAUCAAGAGGAACCAGUGGAGACAUCGGACCUCAGGGGCCUCCUGGGGAUGCUGGUCCCCCUGGUCCCCCAGGGACGCCUGGCCCUCCCACUGCUGGGGCUGAUAUGUUCGGCUUCAGCAGCUCCUUUGACUACGACUACGGCGAGGACCAGGAUGGACCACCUCCACCCCCAGAGUUUAACGGCGAUGAAUCAGCCCCCCCUCAACCCCCUCCAGAGUCCAACUGGGACGACUCUGGCCCCCAUCCCCCUCCAGAGUUCAACGAUGAUGAGGCGCGUCCCAAUAAUGCCUCGACCAUCCUCGGGGCAGACCAGAGCGUCCAGAUCACGCUGAAGAGCCUCAGUGGAAACCUGCAGAACAUGAAGUGUCCCGAUGGCAGCCAGGCCAACCCCGCCAAAACCUGCCAGGACAUCAAGCAGUGCCACCCCCUUAAAAAGACCGGAGACUACUGGCUGGACCCCAACCAGGGCAGUACCAAGGAUGUUAUCAAGGUGUUCUGCAACAUGGAGACUGGUGAGACCUGCAUCUCAGCCCACCCCAUCUCAGCCAGCAUCCCUCGCAAAACAUGGUGGACCAAAUCCACUCCCACUGCCAGCAAACCUGUCUGGUUUGGAGCAAAUAUGAAUGGAGGAACUAAAUUUAGCUACGGCAACAAGGAGGAGCUGCCCAACGCCGUAACCAUUCAGAUUAGGCUGAUCCGCCUGCUUUCUAAGGAGGGUGUCCAGAAUGUCACCUACCACUGCAAGAACAGCGUGGCCGUGAAUGACGGAGCCACAGGCAACCUGAAGAAGGCUCUGAUCCUCAAGGGCUCCAACGGACAGGAGGUCAAGGUUCAGGGCAACUCCCGCCUCAGAUACACUGUCCUGGAGGAUGGCUGCUCCAAAUCGAAUGGAGACUGGGGCAAGACUGUGAUUGAGUACAGAACUCAGAUGCCAGCCAGACUACCUAUCGUAGACUUGGCCCCCAUGGACAUAGGCAAGGAGGAUCAGCAGUUUGGCCUGGACAUCGGCCCUGUUUGUUUCUCCUAAACCCAACACACAUGGACGGAUUUAUUUAACCUUAUGAGGAGUGUUCAAUCCUGUUCAAAGAGGCAAUCUGGAUUUCAAACAACAAAAAAGCACUCACUUUUAAGUUACAUUCUUAAAGAAUCAAUGGCUAUAUAUCACUCAUUUAAAAGAUUGCCCCUUGAAGAAUUAAGUUUCAGUUCGAUAACUAAUAAUGAACAACAACCCCUGUGAUGUCAUCAAUUAGAAUCGGUAGGAAUGUUGUUGUCCAUUCUCCUCCAAAGGGUUAAACAUUCCCAAGACUCUUGGACUACCUGCUGAAGCAAUCAGCUUUGUACAUAAAGGCAGGGCGGAGAAACUACAGUACAGUAUAUGUACUGCCUGCUACUAAAAUAUUUAUUGCUUCUUUCCAAGAAACAACUAAAGUUGUUAGUGCAAUGGUACUGGUAGUAAUUACUAUUGAGGAAUGGAGGUGAAUUGUAUUAAGAUUGUAUCAUAAUGGAGUUUCAGGGCCUGAAGGUUUCAGCUUGUUGAAAACAUGACAAUUUAUGGAGCUUAAGUGUCAGUGUUGUACGACGUUCCAUCAUACAUUUCUUUACCAGUUUCUCAGUGAACGCCACUAAAUAGAUAUACUGGCACUUGAUGUAGAGACAAAACAACAACAAUUGUAUUCCUUUUUCAAAUGUAAAUGCAACAUAAGAAUGUCAAUUGCUCUUCACAUGUUUAUUAUUCCUGUUUAUUACUGAUAUUAUGAUAUUUUCUUCUGUCGAAUGAUGGUGUUACACCCAAUAAAAUGAAUCUCGUGCCCUUUUCA